AGUCCAUAAGGUGAAAGGUCUAUUCAUAUACCUCGUCUGUGGUGAUACAUUCUUCCAUUAGAUGCUUGGUCUAUUCUAUACCUCAUCUGUGAUCGCACGUAGUAACAACCUAAAGCUGUCGGAACAUAUUUUGGCGUUAUUCAAAUGUGGUUAUAGCAAGAAUAAUACGCUUUGUGAUGUGUUUAUGAAAUUAGUGAUAACAAUAAUAAUAGCAUACAGUAUUAUUACAAAAGUAAAGACGCCUGUUAAUACUAACAUGUCUUCCCUCCAAAAGUCGAUUUUAAAAUCGAAACUACCACCGUCAGGCGUCAAUUUUGGAAUCGGCGCUAGGGUUAGUAAGUCAAAGGGAUUUCAACGUAAGAGAGAUUAUGAACCAGUUGAAUGGACUCCAUAUUUUGAUCAUUCAGAGGAUAUAAAAGUAGGAAAUGACACAUUUCAUAUUUAUACCAAAGGGAUGGAGGGGCCGACGUUAGUAUUGUUACACGGAGGUGGUUACAGUGCUUUAACAUGGGCAGAAUUGACUAAAUCACUUAUGACCAUGAUAGUCUGCAAAGUUAUGGCAAUUGAUCUUAGAGGCCAUGGUGAUACGUGUACUACAAACGAAGAAGACUUGUCUGCAAAUACUUUAGCAGAAGACGUUGCAGCGGUCAUAAAAAUAGCAGCAGCAGGAGACAGUUCUGUAAUUCUAGUGGGCCAUAGUAUGGGUGGUGCGGUAGCAGUUAGAGCAGCGCCGUUAAUCCCAAAUUUGAGCGGAUUAGGAGUUAUUGAUGUUGUCGAAGGAACAGCGAUGGAUGCAUUAGCGUCUAUGCAAAGCUUUUUAAGAUCUCGGCCAUCCAGUUUUAGUUCUAUUUCACAAGCUGUGGAAUGGUGUGUACGAAGUGGCCAAAUCCGUAAUGUACAAUCAGCUAGGGUGUCAGUUCCUGGACAAAUAAAGAACAACGAAACCAAUGAACUAGCUACACAUGAUAUCGAUCCGUCAUCUAUAUCAUCAUGCGAGUAUAGUACAGAAACUGCGAUGCCACGAGAAGAUAUUAUACAAGAGGAGGAACCUGUAAAUAUGCCACCACCACCUCCACCUGCUACUUCCUUAGCUGCUAAAAAAUAUGUUUGGAGGAUAGACUUAUCCAAAACUGAGCAGCAUUGGUUUGGGUGGUUCAAAGGAUUGUCUACAGCAUUCUUAAAUGUACCAGUUCCUAAGGUACUUCUGUUGGCUGGAGUCGAUAGAUUAGAUCGAGAACUCACAGUUGGUCAGAUGCAAGGCAAAUUUCAAAUGCAAGUAUUACCCGCAUGUGGGCACGCAGUACACGAAGAUGUUCCAGACAAAGUAGCAGAAGCUAUUGCUACAUUUAUGGUCAGACAUAAAUUUGCGGAACCAGCAUCCGAUUUUACCCGAACAUUUCCCGCUUGUUAGGGCCGCAUAAAAUUGUACAAUGUUAUAUUUGUAAUACGAUUAUGAGAAAUUCGAUAAAUUAGGUAAAAUGAGCAUUUUAUUUAUUUAAUAAAAGG